UAUAUUUAGUUUUAUUCGUAGGCACACACACACACACACAGUCAUAAAUUUGUUGUGGUCAGGUCAUAAUCUUUCCUUUCUGUCCCUUGGUUUUAAAUUCAAGUAAUCAAAGACAUCCAUCCAGUUGAAAAAAUACACACAUAAAGUCACGGAAAUGUUGCGCAAUUUGUGGUAUAUGCUAAAUCCUGGUGGUGUUAACGGAACGCAGCGUCGCCACCAGCAACAACAGCAACCACAGCAGCAACCACAGCAGCAACCACAGCAGCAACCACAGCAGCAGCCACAGCAGCAGCCACAACAACAACAGCAGCAACAGCAGCAACAACAGCCGUUGCAGCCCGGUCUGCUUCGUCCCGAUAUUGGUGGUGUGCUCAAUAUUAUCGGUGAGUUGCGCCCGGCUCGUCCCGUUCCCAGCAACAACCGCCAGCCACCGGCACAAAUGCAGAUGAUGCCGCACCACCGCAUUGAUGAGGGCUUGGGGCGUCUACUAGGAGCGCACCAGCGCUUUAUUAUUGUUGAUCUGGAAGAGGGUCGCCAAGCGGCCAUGGCCGACAAUUUGGCACGUCUGGAGAUGCUUCCGCCGAUACCAGCGAUUCCGUUAAUGCCUCAGUUGCCAGCCGUGCCACGCCUUCGCGUGCACCCACUAGAUCAGGCUGUUGUGCCACAAGUUCGCCUUGCCGCAGUGGCACACGCACAACAACAACAGCAGCAACAAGAACCACAUGAUGUCGACGCUCCAAGUGAAUCGGACGAAGAAGAAGAAGAAGAAGAAGAAGAAGAAGGCGAUCCACUGGAAGAGUGCCCCAAGCGGCGAUCGUGCCACACUCUGCCGCCUCGCGGCAUCGAUGAGCACGUGACUCAGCCCAUAUUAUGGCUGGCGUUGGAGGCGUUCGAGAAGAAGAAGAAGCGCAUCGAGGAUCGCAAAGUUGAUGCCGCUGCUCCGGCGAUCAUCGAUGGGGCCAUUGAGUCUGGCAGAAAAAACAAAAAGGACAACAACGACAACAAUAACAACAUGAGGAAGAACAGCAGUGAAGACGACGAUCACGAUAGCGAUCUGGACGAGUUCGAUAAUCCGGCCGAAUAUGUGGCCAAUUAUAUGUUCAAGCACAUGACUCUGGAGGUCUUCCUUGAGGGCAAUCAGCCGCGCUACGGCAAACGGUCAAUACUUUAAAGGAGACAGCCGUUGAAAAU